GCCCUUGAGCUGUGACCUUCCAAGAAAUUGCCCUUCCAUAUGCAUUUUACCCGUUAUUUAAACCCAUAAACCCUUGCACGAGAAGCAUUCACCUCUCCUUCUCCUUCACACGCCAACCGAUAUUCCCUACUGAAACAUCGAAGCCAAACCUGAAUUCAUCACAACAUGGAGAUGAAUUUCCUCUCUCUCUCUUUAGUUAUUGCUCUCUCCAUCUUGCAUUUCUCAUCUUUCGCCCACACACAGCAACCUUACAUCAGCCGGCGCACCAUCAUGAAUUGUUCCAAGACCAACGACUCUUCCUCUCCUCGUCUGGGCUACACAUGCAAUGGCCUGAACAGGACUUGCCGAACCUACCUCAUUUACCGAUCCAACCCACCCUAUGACACCGUCCGGUCGAUCGCCAAGCUCCUGGCCUCCGACCCAUCUCAGCUCUCUGCCAUAAACUCCGUCGGUCCGAAUGCGACGUUCCCGACCAACAAUAUGGUGAUAGUCCCCGUGAAUUGCUCCUGCUCGGGUCGGCACUAUCAGGCAAAUGCCACGUACUCGAUUAGGCGGGGAGACAAUUAUUACGUGAUUGUCAAUGACAUUUACCAAGGCCUCACGACGUGCCGCGCCAUCAAGGAUCAAAACGACAUCCAAACCGUGGACUUAUACAGCGGAGACCUCACCAUUCCGAUCCGAUGUGCUUGUCCUACCAAGAACCAAACCGACCUCGGAAUUAAGUAUCUGUUGAGCUAUGUCGUUGCCGAGGGUAACUACGUUGGAACAAUCAGCGGCCGGUUCGGUGCUAACACCGCAUGGACGUUGGAAGCAAACGGUCUUUCCGAGCAAGUCUCAACGAUCUAUCCCUUCACCACUCUGCUAGUUCCCGUUCGAAGCCCGCCUUUGAGUAAUCAAACAAUAGUACCUCCUCCCUCACCAGGCCAACCUACGCCACCUCCACCACAGUCGCCAAGUCCACCUGCUUUGCCAUCGACUAGUAGUUUGAGAAACAAAUGGGUAUUUGCAAUUGCUGGUUUACUCAUCGGAGCUGCUUGUACAUUGGCAAUCGGCAGUGGCAUUAUUUUCUGUCUGUCUUUUCGCCGCAAAAUUGUGCAACAUGCCGCGACCAUUGUCCCUGAUGACCCCAAGACGCGCAUCGUGAAGGGAGAGGAAGAGUCUCAGGGACUGAUGCAGACCAUACAUGGCAUAGCUCAGUCCAUCAAAGUGUACAGUUUCGAAGAACUGCAACUGGCGACCAAUGAUUUUAGUCCUAGCUGCUGGAUUAAAGGGUCGGUCCACCGGGGGGAGAUCGACGGUUGCUUCGUCGCUAUCAAGAAAGUGAAUGGCGAUGCGAUCAAGGAAAUCAACCUUUUCAAGAAGAUCAACCACUUCAACAUCGUUCGCCUUUCAGGGAUCUGCUUCAACAACGGCGACUGGUACUUCGUCUAUGACUUUGCUUCUCAUGGACCCUUAAGUGACUGGAUUUACAGCACAGAAGGUGAUAGUAAAACCGUCUUGAGUUGGACUCAAAGAGUUCAAAUUGCACUUGAUGUGGCCACCGGACUGAAUUAUCUCCACGGCUUCACCAGCCCUCCUCAUAUUCACAAGAACAUCACGAGCGGCAACAUCCUUCUCGAUUGCGAUUUCCGGGCCAAGAUAACGAAUUUGGGCAUGGCGAGGUCGGCAGAAGGCAACGAGGGCCGGUUUGACUUGACAAGCCACAUCAUCGGGACGAAAGGUUACAUGGCCCCGGAGUACUUGGAGAAUGGUCUGGUCUCCACUGCGCUCGACGUGUACGCCUUCGGGGUCCUCGCGAUGGAGAUCAUCACGGGAAAAGAGGCGGAGUCCCUGACUAAAGAGGAGAGCUUGAAUCUGUACGAAGCCCUAGACGAGGUUGUCCCAGAGGAUACCAUGACUGAAAGGUUGGCGGGCUUGAUUGAUCCUUCCUUGGGAGGACGUUAUCCUUCGAAUCUGGCGGCUUUCAUGAUCGGGAUCAUCCGAUGUUGCCUGAAGAAGAACGCGGUCGAUCGUCCCGACAUGGACGAGAUCGUGCAGUAUCUCUCUGGGUUGUUGGCAUCCUCCAUCAGCUGGGAAUCUUCCAGCAACGUGAUUUAAUAAAAAGAAGAAGUUUCAUGUAUCCAUGCAUGGUCGUUCCAGUUUCUUAAUUUGUGUAGAUGGUGAUGAUAUCUAUAUUUCUAUGUGAAAGCAUUCUACGGUCUCAUUUUUAAUUUCCCGAAUUACCUUUCUGUUAAUUUAUCUUAUAUCCACUCAUAUUAUAAAUAACCAUCCACUUUUUUUUC